AUGGCGGCAUCAAAAACCUACAGAUUCCUCCCGACGGAGCAGAAACCCACCAAAGAUUCGGUGAUCUUGGAGCUCGACGAGUCCGAUAUCUGGAACACGGAUGCUAGAUCGGCUUCACCGGAGUUCCGGAAAGCCAGUUCGAGAUUCUCCCGAAAGCCGUCUACGGUGGCGAGGGGAGUCGCCGUCACUGGACCGGCAUCCCUGCCGGUGAAUAUACCGGACUGGUCGAAGAUACUGAAGGGAGAGUACAGGGAGAAUCACCGGAGGGACGUCGAUGAGAAUGACUUUUCAGAUGACGAUGAGGAUUCGGAAAAUCGCGUUCCGCCGCACGAGAUUUUGGCGAAGCAAAUGGCGAGAACAAGGAUCGCUUCCUUCUCACUGCACGAAGGGAUUGGGAGAACCUUAAAAGGAAGAGAUCUUAGUAGGGUUCGUAAUGCAAUUUGGGAAAAAAUUGGAUUCGAAGAUUGA